GAGAGAGAGAGAGAGAGAGAGCUUCAGCUCUUCAUUGAGAGACCAGCAGCUGCACACAGAUGAACAGAACGAUGGAGAUCUGUGAUGAUAAACUCCUCAUAUUUCAGCUGCUGCUCCUCGUGUCAGUCAUGGCAUGUGAGACGAGUGAGAUCUUGACUUUCACUGCACAUGAAGGAGGGAGAGUUGAGAUACAGUGUCCGUAUGAGGCUAAAUAUGAAGAAGAUAAGAAGUAUCUCUGCAGAGGAGACUGUCCAAUAGUGUUUAAAGACAAGCCUGUUGAAUCUGAAUCAGCAGCAACAGACAAGAGAUUCUCUCUGAGUGACAAUAAAACAGCCCACAUCUUCACCGUCUCCAUCACUGAUCUGAGAACAGAGGAUCGAGGUCAAUACUGGUGUGGAGUAAAGACUGGAUUUGGAUCUUAUGAUUAUAAGAGAGAGAUUUACCUGGAAAUUAAACAUGAGACAACAACAGCUUCAUUUCACACCAGCUCACCAGUGGCAGAAGAUACUGAGUCUGACCGAACCGUCACAUCUUCAUCAUCUUCAUCAUCAUCAUCAUCAUCAGGGUUAAUGCUUUUCUCAACGACUGCUAAUGGAGUGUCACCAAAACCACAACCAGAUUUUGUGCCAAUCAUCAUGGUGGUGGUCCUAGGGAUACUGACAGUGCUAGGAUUCUCAAUGUUCAUUUAUUUAAGACGGAGUCAAAAGGAAGAAGGAGCGCGGCCCAAAGAUGUCGUUCAUGGCCCGACUAACAAUCCGCCCGGUGGAGAUACAGGAGAAACUAGAGAAGCCACACACACAGUCUAUGAUUAUGGAGAUUAUCCUGAUUAUAGUCUGGCCCUUCCAGCAUUUGCUAAAAGUGACGCUUCUGUUUAUGCUUUAGCACAGUUACCCAGCAUCCCCUCUGACAUACUCUACUCCAGCAUCAAAUUUACAGCAGCACAUCAUUCAGACAGGGCUUCUGGCGGCCAAGAGACAUGCGACUACGCAUCUAUUGCAACUGUUAGAGCAGAGAAGACUAAGGGCACUCACGGAGACCAUGGCUAAUCCUGAUUCACUCCAAACUGAGAAUGAUUCUCACUUACUGUGUGAUUCUAAACAUGUGGCCUUAACAUUAUUUUGGAUAAGUCAGUAUUUGAGACAUACGAUUGUUUGAUGUUAUGUUUGGUUAUUACUGAUUGUCUGUUAUUUAUUAUUCAAUGUAAUUUCAUUUUUCAUCUAAGUAUGUGUAAUGUUCUCAAGUGUGAUACGUCGUGAUGUAAGAGUGUAACGUAAAAAAGCUUGUGACAUGUAAGAACAAGGAGAUAGAUAAAGCCAUAGCGUGUUGUCUCAUUUAAUGGUUAAAAAACAACAACAAUACAGUAUGUGAAUACUAUUUGAAUACAUAUGUUAAAUUCAGACUGAUUAAGAUAUUGCUGUAGUCAGUAAUCUCACACAUCACUAUUAUAUAAGGUCCCCAUUUCACCAGCCUUUAGAAAGAAGGCAUAGCAAGAUAAGACUCCAUUUCUUGUUGAGUAUUUACUGAUGUGUAUCCUUAGAUCCCGAUAUUGCUCUGCAGUGUUAGCAUGCGCGUCAUUCGCACGGGGUCAUGACCCCUCAAAAAUCAGAUCCAGCUAAUAUAAC